CGCCGCCCCCUGCCCCUGGCUGUCCCGGGUGCGCCUCAGGCCGCUGUGCUCAGGGCUGGGCCAGCUCCCCCAAGCCCGUGCCUGGGAGGCGACCCCCGGUGCUCCUUGGGUUCAAAGGCCCCGCGAGCAGCUCCAGCCCCUCUGGGGGGCGGGGAGGAAAGGCGGGUGGUGCGGGAGCCAGAAAGCCCAAGCCCACAGCCGGCCAGUCCUGCGCAGGGAUGGGCAGCGCGCUCUGAAAGUUUGUGACGCCCCAGCCAACUUGUGGCUGGAGCUGGAGACACAGCGAGCGAGCGACCAGCCUCGAAGGAGGGCGAGGCCAGCUUUGCCCCGUGCCGGUGCCCUUUCGCGGCCAGGAGCGGCCGUCCUCCCGGCCAGAGCUCCCGCGCCUGAUCGGGGUUCAUGGAGCCGGGGCUGUGGCUACUUUUUGGGCUCACGGUGACCGCCGCAGGGUUCAUGGCUCACCCCCAGCCUGGGGAUGCUGGCAGGAGUGGCGUCCUCCAGGGCCCCCCUGCAGCCAGAUCUGAGGAGGACCAUGAAGAGAUGGGGCCUGGCCCGGGUGACAGGACUGCGGCUCCCACAGCAGUGCAGGGUCCAAGCCCUAGCCCUGGGCAGGAGCAGGCACCCAGUCAGGCCAGGGACCAGGAAGCUGAGAAGGGCUCUGAGCAUCACAGAUCCAGGCGCUGCACGUGCUUCACCUACAAGGACAAGGAGUGUGUCUACUAUUGCCACCUGGACAUCAUCUGGAUCAACACCCCUGAACAGACUGUGCCCUAUGGGCUGUCCAACUACAGAGGAAGCUUCCGGGACAAAAGGUCCGUGGGGCUGUCUUGGGGGAGCUGGCAGCCGUCGGAGCAGACACACAUGCGGUGUGAGUGUGUGGGGCGAGAGGACAAGGCCUGCAUACACUUUUGCACCCAAACCUUGGAUGCCAGCAGCAGCUCAAGGACAGCAGCAAAGCCAGACAAAGAAAAGGAAGAGGAGAGGAGAGGUGCAGACGGAGGCCUGCGGCGGAAGAUGUGACGCACCGUUCCUCCGGGGGUGAAGUCAAGGACAGACAAUGCAAGUAGGCCUUUAGACCUCCACCCAGCAAAGCUGGUGCCCCACAAUGGACUUCACCUGCCUGCCCAGCCGCCUCCUUCUGGAAGGAGCCCCCUUCGGAGAACAGGCUCAGCGUCCUGUUCUUGGGAGGUGUCAGCCUCUGCUGUGCACAGUUCAAACUUCCACCUCUUUAAGGACAAGGAGUGAAUUUUCCUGGGGCAGAAGACCCUCCGCUAGAGCCCCCACUUAACAAUACCUCCCACUUUGAGAAUGCCCAAGUCCCAAUGGCCCCAGUUUCCCUAAUGGUUAAAAUGAUCCCAGAUGUGCCCUGAGGCAUGACGCCCAUGGCUGCUCUCCUUACAUGCAAGAAAUUGUUUUCAGAGAGCUAUGGCAAGUUGGAAAGCCACUUACUGGCUUUUGACAUGACAUCUCUUGGAGAAUAAGUGGACUCCAAGCUAACUCUUUGUAAAUGUAAACACACAUCCAUCUCAUCAUAAACGCCAAAUGCCUAUGUGGCAGGAGCCUGCCUGCCUUUCUGUCCUGACCUGGGACAGACCCCAAGGUGAGAGUUAGUGAGGCUGCGAGGCAUCUGUUCCAGACACGAGUGUAGCUGUUUAGGAGUUUAUAAGUUUGAAGCUUAUAGGAUUUAGACAGAGAAAUUUUCAGCUGUGCUUUGUACCCACCAAAAAAAAAAAAAAAAAAGAGGAAGAAAAAGAAACCUUGAUGUUUGUGACAAGAGAAGGAGAAAGUUAAUAUCUGCUGGCUUUGAACUCUGGGGCAAGCAAGAGCUUGUUCUUGGAAAAUUGACUGACCUUUCGUGUCCUUUGCAGACACCAGGCCUGUGCACUAUGGUGAACUCAGGCCUUGUUUGCAGGAAGCUGGCUGUAAAGACAGCUCCAACUCAAGGCUAUUAGGUUGAAUAUUUGCUGUCAUGAAUAAAUGUGGAUCUUUAGGGAAUGGCUACAGAAUAAACCAGGAACACAAAUUCUUUGUAAAUUAUGUAAAUUCCUAUUUAUCUAUAUAAUUAGCAACAACUGGGAAUUGUAACGCCUGACAGUUCGAAAUCUCGUUCAGCUGUGCUCUUCCUGCUGUGCCGAGCUCGCUGUGUGCGUGGAAAUGUGACUCUGCUAUGCAAAGGCGUCCACGCAGAGGAUAGGUUGCCCACCUCCCACUAGCCGCAGAGAUGAGAGCUGUUGUUUGAGAGCGUGCCAAGGGCACUGUAUGGGGAAGUUAAGAUGGUGUAGGGUGGAAUGUUGGCCUUAAUGAAAUGUUAAAUUCUCCAUGAGUAUUUCAUAAGUUAUUAAAGUAUAAAAGUGAAUACCUAUCAUGAGGAAAUGAAAGCUCCUGAUCUGCUGGCAGGAUUCUGUACAGUUUAGAGAAGUGAUUAUUUAUUGUGAAACUGUUCUCUUCUUCAAUGCCUUUAUGUGGACCUGUUCAAAGUAAAGUCAUUGUGUGUGUGUGUGUGUGUGUGUGUGUGUAUAUAUAUAUAUGUAGAUACAGAUUUUAAAUUGUGUUCUCAAUCCAAUUGCAUAUUCUUUAGUGCUUCAAUUACAUUUUACAAACACAUACACACUUGUAGCACUGCGGCAAGGCGGUAUCUCAGAGAGAAAUUCAUUGUGUGAAUGCUCAGAAAAUACUUUCAAAUGCAUAAUAAAAAAAUCAA